AUGGAGAAGAUCUUCAGUGCUCUGGGGUCUUCUAAGGAGAGGAAGUUGGCCUAUGCAGUUUACAUGAUGGCAGGAGCGGAUGAGUACUGGUGGAGAGGCACCAGACAGAUGAUGGGGAGCAGAGGUGUGGUUGUAGAUUGGGAUUGCUUCAAGAGAGUUUUCUUGGAGAAGUAUUUCCCGGACAAUGUUAGAUACGCUAAGGAGACGGUGUUUUUGAGAUUGCAGCAGGGUGAGAUGUCAGUGACCGAGUACGCCAUGAGAUUCGAGCAUUUGGCACGCUUCUACACCCAAGCCAUCUUUGAGGCUUGGAAGUGUAGGAAGUUUGCUGAAGGCUUGAAGUAUGAUUUGAGGAGAGUGGUGGUGCCUAUGGUCAUCACGGAGUUUCCAGCCUUGGUAGAGAAGGCAAACGUUGUAGAGCGGCUAGAGAGCUUCGGCAAGCCGGCGAAGACUGUUGGUGGGCCAGCUGGGUCCAAGAGUAGUGGUGGUUCUCAAAGGAAGCCUUAUGACAGGCCCCAACUACAAGGGGGUUCUGCCACAAGGAAGUUUACUGAGAGAGCUAGGAGUGGAGCUCAGGUUUUUAGAUGUUAUCAGUGUGGUGGGCCACAUAUUGUCAGAGACUGCACUUCUACACAGCCUAGGUGUUUUAGGUGCAACAAGUUUGGCCAUCUGGCCAAGGAUUGCCCAGUUGGGGCAAGUCAGUCUGGAGCUUUGAGUAUUGAGACAGAGAGGGCCAUCACUGGGAUUGAGAUUGGCAGUGAGUUUCCUGAGGUGUUUGCAGAUGAUGUGUCGGGAUUGCCACCUCUGCGUGGUGUUGAGUUUAGCAUUGAUCUGGUACUAGGUGCAGGACCGGUUUGUGGUGGUCUUCAUUGA